AUGAAUGAGGCUCGAACCGUAGAUCUCAACGUCCUGAAUAUGUCCGCAUUCGACCUGUACUUAACUAGUAAUGAGGAACCGGAUCCGAGCCUAAGAGCAAUGCUUCAUACUUGUCGACCAUCUCGGCUUGAAGGCAAACUGAAUCUGAGUGGUAGCAGUAGUACGCUGUCGAAAGUGCUGACAACAGGAAGGCCGAAGGAGUGGUUGUCACGAUUUUCCAGUCAACUGGGUCUCCUUUCUGAAUCACAGACUGCGUCCAGUGUUAUGGAUAUGCGUCAAUGGCGUGAUUAUUGGGUACGGAACAGCGGCACGGAUGGACGAUUUUGGAAGAAAUUGGUAACGGCUGAGGAGAUCUUGCGGAUGACGAAGAAUGCGACGCCGCUCAAGACCAUCACAUAUGAUACGGUACUGGAUGCUGUAAAGAAGAUGGCUCAGCAAUCCCAAUCAUUUCUCGUCAAUUGCUUUUACGAUUCCUAUGUGGGUGAUGUGAAACGAGAGAUCGACAAUGAAAGUGACAGCUAUAAAUGGGAAUACUAUGAUCGAGCUCAGAUGUAUACAUCACAAUGCGGUUAUCAACAAUCAAAGAGGCGAGUGAUCAGUCCCAGAGAUUCGAUCGUGGUUCAUCGGCGAGAGGGAAGCGAUGGCAAUCGUAAACCUCGAUCAUUGUCGUUUCUCGAGUCGCCUUCACAGAAUCAGAUGCGCACGACACCACGAAUGCUAAAAAAGUCUCGUGACUCAAUGGUAAUGGAUGAGAUGGUACCAAGAAAUACUUAUGAUCAACUUAGAAAGGUUGCUUCAACACCGCUCUUGGUGCAAGUGCCAACAAUGCUCAGUACGCCACAUUUUCGUUUGGCUUUAAGUCAAUCGGAUCGACGUCGAACAGUUGAAGGAGAUCGAGAUCCAGGAGCCCUAGACCAACCAACAUCCCAAUGUCUUGAUACUGUGUGGUUCUGCCCUGUUUGGAAAGAUGAGAACACUUUCUCGUUACUGCUGCUACCUACAGACGUCCCUUACUUGCAGGGACUGUCAACCAGAAUGUCAAUUCAGGGAUGUUUAGUUCAAGGCGAAGUAAUAGUCUAG